AUGGUGUCACUGGUUGAGUUGGCUGAUGGUGUCACUAGUGGGGUAGCUGAUGGUGUCACUAGUGGGGUAGCUGAUGGUGCCACUAGUGUGGUAGCUGAUGGUGUCAUUAGUGGGGUAGCUGAGGGUGUCACAAGUGGGGUGCCUGAUGGUGUCACUGGUGGGGUAGCUGAUGGUGUCAUUAGUGGGGUAGCUGAUGGUGUCAAUGGUGGGGUAGCUGAUGGUGUCACUGGUGGAGUAGCUGAUGGUGUCACCAGUGGGGUAGCUGAUGGUGUCACUAGUGGGGUAGCUGAUGGUGCCACUAGUGUGGUAGCUGAUGGUGUCAUUAGUGGGGUAGCUGAGGGUGUCACAAGUGGGGUGCCUGAUGGUGUCACUGGUGGGGUAGCUGAUGGUGUCACUGGUGGGAUAGCUGAUGGUGUCACCGGUUGA